GAAGUGAUUCAAAGGAAAGUACCAUGCAGCAUGUACAAGCAAUUUCGAUUAAGCCUUUUCCAAAUUUGAUUUUGUUCCCCUCAUAUUGUCAUCUUUUCGGCCCCAAAACCACUUCAAAUACCAUCCAAUGAAAAAGGCCAACUCCCCACAAGCACCAUGCCGGUAAGCAGCUAGGCAGGGGCGUUUCUAGGCUUGAGCUUCUAUGCUGUCACGGACUCUCCCGCCAGGGACAAUCACGAUGACCUAUCGUGAUACCCGAAAGAAAUGCCUGGGGUUGUUUGCUUCCCUUUCCUGUACAUACCUUGGGUUGAUAGGGCGCCUUGAUUGCAGGUAGGUAAGGUACCUAUCUACCUAGGUAGCUAACUGCAGGCUCAUGCGCAUAUAUCUACAACUUGUUAUCAGGACUUCAACUGGAUGAUAAACCUUUUGGUCACCAUGAUGCACAGUACUUUCUACGAAUCUAACAAGGCAGAAAAGACAACCAAAUCUUAUUAGUGGUGUUUAUACAUGCCAUGCUGCCCGGGGGAGGCACAGCGGGAUCAACAUGCUCACCCUGCACGGGGUCUUGCGCCUACUCCAAGUAUGGCAAGGCUGCGUGGCAUUGGCGGCAAAGGUCGUGUACAACCCCCUGCUAGCCCUAGCCCGUAUUUCAUAUCUCGUCAGUCUCGCCAGCCAGCCGUUCAUGGUUACACCUUUAUAUUUCAUCAUCCCCCUUCAGCCCCCACGCUUGGAGGGUUGUGGGCGUCUCACCUAACAGAUGGUGAACCAUUGUUUAUAUGAGAUCCGGCACUCCAACGCAUCAGCGGAUCUUUGAUCAUGGCACAACCACAGUUGCCCCCUUAUCCUCACACGGCGGCCUCUCCAAUGGCGUACAGUAACCUUCCCGAGGUUACUAGGCACGAUGCGCCUCAAGCUUAUACGAGUACACAUGAUGCGCCCGAGGUUGCGCCUGUUGGCAACCACUAUUACAACAAAGGCUCUCCAGAGGCUGUUCCACAGACGUUUAGUCCCCAGAUCGUCAAGCAGGACUAUCCUGAAGCCUUUCAUCAACAGCAACACGGUGCCACAAGUCCAUACUCCACGUCGCCGGGACCACAACAUUCAGUGUUGUACUACCCGCCGCCCUCGGCUCCAGAGCUGGGAACAGACCGCGAAUUCCCGGCGGAGAAGCAUGAGAAGGGCAACGUAGUAAUCAAGAGGAGAACAUGCAUCAUCCUAGCCAUCGUCCUCGCCAUAGUGGUCGUUGGCGCCAUUGUUGGUGGUGCCGUGGGAGGGGUGAUGGCCUCGCGCAAGAACGAGGCACAGUCAGGAGGGACGGGUACGGGUGGUGACAACAACGGUGGUGGUAAUCUUGGAGGCGGCGGCAAUAAUGGCAACGGCGACAGCAAUGGGGGCGGCGUCAGCGGGGGUGGUGGUAACAACACCAUAGCACCGCCCAAAAACCCAAACGCAAUUGUUAUGGAGGAAUCUGGCAUCAGCGCGGUCAGCUACACGGUCGAUGGGACCGACUACAAGAUGCUGUUUUGGCAGCCCCAGAACAGCCCCGGCGAAAUCAAAUACUCGGCCUGGGACUCCAAAGGCCGUAACUGGGAGGUAAUUGACCUCAAAAGCAGACUAAAGGGCUCUGCAAACAUUGAAGCCACACCAGGGACGGCCAUUGCGACUGCUGUACGGCCCGGUGAUGCCCAAAACGGCGGCGGAAGCUUCACAUUGUCCGUUGUAUAUAAUGGCCCAUCCGGGUCUGUCCAUGAGUUGACAACGACGGACGUUAAGGGCACUAGCUGGGAAAAGAUAACUUAUACGAUAAAAGCCGGACCUCGCACCCAGCUCGCCGCUCGAUGGGACGUCUGCCCGAACAGCAUGUGUACCGACACGCUGAUUGUGGCGUACGAGAACGUGAACAAGCAGAUCCGCCUUUAUUAUCCACAUGUCGUGGAAAUCAACAGCCAAAAACACCGUGACUUUGCUGCCGGCAUUACGACUGGUAGUGGCAUCGCACUGACGGCAUUUGCAUUCACAAACGCAAGCAACGAGGCCGCCAGCAUGAAAGUGUAUCACCAAGCCACCAACUUGUUGAGCGAGGCUACUCGUAAAAUAGACUGGACCUAUCAGAUUUAUACCCCGCAGAUUCUUCCUAAACCUAUUUCGCUCGACAAGCCACCGCUGACAUACGCGACAUCGUUCGAGAAACCCGGCAUGGGGCUUAUAUAUCUCGCCGUCGUCCAGAGGUACCCGGACAAUGGCCGCCUCACCCUAACUUAUUGGGAUGACAAACAGUGGAUACCUACAGAUCCGAGGUCUACAAGAGCAGUCGCAGGUGUCAGCCUCGACUCUGGGACCUCUGCUGUCUCCCUGUCCAUGGAUAUGAAGGUCUACGUCGUUCCCGAUAAUUGCGAGUCUAUACAGAUAUUUGAUAUCGACAAGGAAGACCCUGGCCUAUGGACUCAUGCGGGCGAUGUUAAACUCAAGUAGACUGGCUUGAAGGAUGGAGUGCAUAUUUUGCGUAGUAAUGCUUCCUUGUUCACUAAGCUUAUGUAAUUACUAAAAUUGCUUCUAUUGUCUUUAUGUCAUGGCA